UGUUCUGCAUUGGUAGAACUGUGUACCGUGUUUGACAUGUAAAGAAACACACGUAUGAGGUCAUCUGAACCAAAGAUAUUUUGGAAAGAAGUGAUAAGGGUUAUCCCUACAGCCUGUCCAAGAUGAAGAUUCUACAUGCUUUGCGCCCUAUGUUGAGUUGGAAGUAUGUACUUUCCAUAGUGGGGACGUAUUUGAAACGAGGGGAGACAACCCAUUUGAAAUUUUGUGGACAAAAUAGAAGCCUGAGUAUAUACCUAAAAGGUCAGUUACAGAAUACCUCCACUCCAAAUCUGAAAUUCAAAAGGGUGUCUCGCACACAAGAAUCAUGGUUUGGAAAGUCAGAAGGUUAUUUAUACUCUGAGUGUGUCAUGGUCAAAAGACUUGUUCAUGUUGAUCAUGGUGGGAGAGUAACAAACAUGACUGAUCCAGACACGGACGAUAGAACAAAGGGAAUGAUUGCACUGGCAGAGAAAAUUGAAAACCAAAUCAGAGAGAUAAUUUGGAACGUCGUGAAAAAAACCAAGGAAAAUGAGAUAGUUGGAGAUGAUUUGGAAAAGGAGUUGGAAAAUUGUGUUCGACACUUGUAUAGUUUACGUUUGUCUCCAAAUCAAAUACAUUUGAUGACAGUAGAAAAAAAAGAAUUAUCAAGACAUAAUGCGUUUAUACCUAUCACACAUUUUUUGUACAAGAAUGGUCUGAAUGGCAGAAGGACAUGCAAGCUUGUGACAAUGUUUCCAGAGGUUUUAGACAUACCAAAAGAUGUGAUUAGUGAAAAGAUUGAAAAUUUACGUGAACUUGGCUUCAUAAGUCCAGAUAUUUUAUUGGUCAUAGAAGGACUACCAGAGGUGCUCCAAAUGCCAAUGAAGGCUGUGCAGAGACGUAUCUCAGAUCUUGAAAAAUUGUUCAAGACCAAAGAUGUUCUGGAUCUUAUAAAGAAAUCACCAUCCAUUUUGACUGAAGAUUUAGAUGUAAUCAAGAAAAAAUUUGACUAUGUUUUUCAUGAGAUGGGUAUAACCCAGAGACAGAUCAUGUACAGCAGUCUGUUUAAACACAGUCUCAGUCAUAUCAGACAGAGACAUGUGUUCUUGGUACGUGCAGGGUUUUAUAAAAAGAGAGUGAAAAAGGGAGAGAUUAAUCCCAAUCCUAUCCUAGAAGAUAUAGUUGAUAUCUCAACUCGUGCUUUCUUGAAAAAAUAUGGAAAUAUGACCAUGUCUGACUAUGUAGCAUUUUGUGAAUUGUUUGAACGGGAAGCUGCUGAAGUUCAGGAUGAUGGUGAGGAGGAAGGAGACGAUUCAGACGAUGACAAAUCUUCUGGAUGGAAGAGAUAACCUUAUAUUGAUUUAAAAUAAAAUGAUAAUAACAAAUAAAACCCUAGAAUUUUUUAUACAAUUCUGUUUCUGAUUUUCGGUGUAUAAUACUAUUAGGAUACAUUAACAUAGAAAUGAAAAUUCUGACAAAAAUUCAGUUUCUGAUUUUCGGUGUAUAAUACUAUAAGGAUACAUUAACAUAGAAAUGAAAAUUCUGACAAAAAUUCAGUUUCUGAUUUUCGGUGUAUAAUACUA